CAGCCCCUGGAAAUUCAUCACCCCCCGCUCAAUGAUCAAGUGACGUGCCACCAAUAUAAUCAUUGGCCGGCCAACAGCACUCUUUUGGACUGCGGAAUGGGCAUCAACGUCAGCAGGACGGCCGACCUGGGGUCCAACCAGUGGCUCCAGCGCUUCGUGGGCCGCCAGCACAUCGCCCACGAUGACGAGGCCUUCUGGAGCGGGCUGCUCAACUACAACAUUGUGUUACCGGAAAACAGCCAGGAUCAGCUGAACCUGGACAGCCGGCUGGAGUCGCUGUGCCAGUCCUUCAUCGGGAACAACCUAAAGACGGGCAACUUCGGCUCCCUGGUGACCGUGUUUCUAGAGAAGACUAGCGAACUGCUAUCGCUAUCCGACCAGGAGAGCAACAUGCACGUUUGGCAAACCUUCAACGCACUCUUCAUCAUCCGUAGCCUGGUCAAGUACAUAAAUGAGACGGGCUCCGAGUUUCAGCUGCUGCAGCACUUCGAGGCCAUGCCCAGCGCCGAGUUGCUCCAGGCGGCCUUGGAACAGCAGCAGGAGACGUUGGCCGAGAGCGCCACGAUUGCCAUGGAGGCCACUGAACAUUCGGCGGCGUCGGCGUUGCCGGUGAUUGUAGACGGAUCCAAGUUCGAGACCUUUAUCGAUGCCCUGGUCAACCUGAUUGUAGUAAUCCCCGUCAAGGAGUUUACCUACCACCUGCACUUGGAAGCGGUCAACAUGCUGAUUACCCUGUUGUCGGUGCACCUGUUUUCCCAGCAGCCCACGGACAAGUCGAUUGUGUUUCGCACGGUUUUUAAGUGCCAACACGCCAAUGUGCUGAUGUCGGCGCUUCUGCACUUUGUGGCGCGGAUGGUGGAGGUGCCGCACACAAUGUUCGGCUCCAGCUCGGCAGGAUCCUUCGUUUUUGGUAUCGCCGAGUCCCUGCUGUCCAUCUUCUCGUUCCGAAAGCAGCCAGACGUGCUUAAGUCAGGUCAAGGCGCAGGCGGCAGUGAGCUCUCGCAGCGAUUCCGCACACACUAUCCGCUGGCCAACCAGAGUCUUUUGCUUAUCCUGAUCCUGACAAACCACUGCACGGCGCAGGAGAACGCGUACCGGACCAGCCUAUUUGGCUGCGCCGAUUCCAAGGAUUCGCCAAAACAGGGUGCUGUCUCUUUUCAGAUCGACUUCUCGGCGGUGUACGAGACGUUGUGCUUAAUCGUCACCAUUGACCAGGCCACGCUGCUGCUCUACCUACUGCUCCAUCGCAACGAGCGCUUCUACCGGUUUGUCAUGCAGCAACAGGAUCUGGAGCAGCUGGUGAUACCCAUCUUACAGACAUUGUACAAUGCGCCUGAUAGCAACUCACACCACAUCUACAUGUCGCUGAUCGUCCUGCUGAUAUUGAGUGAGGAUGAAGGAUUUAACAAAAAUGUGCACACCAUCAUGCUGAAGAACAUCACCUGGUAUACGGAGCGCACCAUAUCGGAGAUAUCCCUUGGGGGCAUACUCAUCCUGAUCGUCAUCCGCACCAUACAGUACAACAUGCUGAAGAUGCGCGACAAGUACUUGCACACCAAUUGCCUGGCGGCACUGGCCAACAUGUCCGGCCACUUCCGCGCCCUGCAUCCUUACGUGGCACAGCGACUGGUCUCGCUGUUCGAAACGCUGGCCCGAAAACACACGCGCCUGGAUGCGCAACUCAAGGAGCCGGCAGACAGUGCGGUGUUUGUCAACGUGGCGACGACGCCGGAGGACAUGCUGCAGGAUUUGAGCGUGUUGGAAGAGGUUUUGCGUAUGGUACUGGAAAUCCUUAACUCCUGCCUCACAAACCAACUGGUUUACUGUCCCAACUUGGUUUACACACUUCUGUACAAGCGCAGCGUCUUUGAGGGCUUCCGCAGUCACCACGCCUUCCAAGAUGUCAUCCAGAAUAUUGACAUGGUUGUUGGUUUCUUUUCUUCACGUCUGCAGCGCGUGCAGGAGCAGAGAGGUGAGCUGGGCGUCAACGAGGUGCUUGAGGUUAUAUCUAAGGGCGCUAGUCAAUGGUCCAGCGAUCGGCUAAGAAAGUUCCCGGAUCUUAAGUUUAAGUACGUCGAGGAGGAUGCUCCCGAGGAGUUCUUCAUUCCAUAUGUGUGGACGCUGGUCUGCAAGUACGGUUGCGUGCACUUCAGCUCCGAGAGCAUCAAGAGCGUUACCACGGACAUUGCCUGCUAAUAUUUACUACUCGCUCCCUUCCUCACACGCGCACACACUCGGUUCCGCUUUGUUUUCCACCAUUUUUCGAUGCUACUCCGUUUGUGUUCUGUGCCGGGUUAUCCGAUCUUUAUGCUACCGUUUAAGCCAUUUAUUACGCCCCAUCCUCUGAUUCAAGCCAAAAUGCAGAAAUGUUAUAUAAAAAAUGAAAACAAAGCAAGCGAAAUGUUGCGCUAAAUAAGAGGCAUACGCAUCUCGAACGUUGACGAUAAAUUGAAACAAAGCUAAACAAGAGAACUAACAAUAAUACUUAGAUCUAGUUACGCUAAUACUAUUGUGUAUGUUUACACGCAAAUCAGUCGGUAAUUGUUCAAGUUAAAACAUAGCAUAAUCCCUGAAACAAGAUCAUAUUUUGCUACGCUAACAACAGAGAGCAUAUUUGAAGGAAAGUUAAGCUCCAUACGCCUAUCGUCGGAUAGUUCUUAUCAACGGGAAGAAGCAAAUCCAAUAAAAAGUAUAUAUACAUAUUAAAAAAGCGGAAUAUAUAUGCAAAAAUAUA